GGCAGCGAGUGAGAGGAGGGAGCCAGGGAGUUUGAGUCACCAAAUCAGUGAUGUACCAGCGGGGCUCAGGCCACCACAAGGAGAGAGAGCGGACACAGCUGAGCUUCCUGGUCACUUCAGAGGCAAACUUUAGCCAGUUUUAGUCCACCACACAGCUCAGAGGGCACCUGUUGAGACCGGACAACAGCUUUUUUUUUCUUCUCUUGACAGAACAGCUAUGGCCUCCAAGCUGCUGGGCUGCGUGUCUGACUUCUUCACCUACGAGACCACCAAGUCUGUGGUGGUGAAGAGCUGGUCUGUGGGCAUCAUCAACCGGAUCGUGCAGCUGCUCAUCAUCGCCUACUUUGUCGGGUGGGUCUUCAUCCACGAAAAGGCCUACCAGAUGACCGACACAGGCAUUGAGUCCUCUGUUAUGACUAAAGUCAAAGGCUUCGGUUACCAUAACAACCGGGUGAUGGAUGUGGCCGACUACGUCUCCCCUUCACAGGGUGCAUCUGUGUUCUGCAUCAUGACCAAACUCAUCAUCACAGAGAAUCAGUUCCAGGGAAAAUGUGCAGAGACUGUACCCAUGUUCAAAUGUGAUACAAAUGAAUUCUGUGAGAAACAUUUGAAUGCCUACCUUGGCAAUGGCAGAAUAACAGGUGUUUGCCUUAAAGCCUCAAAUGAAUCCCAGGGUAGCUGUGAGAUUGAGGGCUGGUGUCCAGCUGAGAAUGACUCGGUCCAGAACAAACCCAUGCUGGAUGUGCAAAACUUCACAAUCUUCAUUAAGAACAGCAUCCGCUUCCCACUCUUCAAUGUCACCAGAGGAAACUUCCCUUCCAAUCUGACUGCAAAAGAUAUCAAGAAAUGCAUAUACCACCCAGUGAAAACUCCCUACUGCCCCAUCUUUCGGGUGGGGGAUGUGUUGAAAUACAUCGGGCAUGAUGUGGAAGCCCUUGCUGACAAGGGUGGAGAAAUAGGAAUAAACAUUGAGUGGAAAUGUAACCUGGACCUAAACAUUAAAUUAUGUGAGCCCAGGUACUCUUUCACUCGACUGGACGCACCAUUUAUGAAGAAUGCCGUCUCCAAAGGCUACAACUUCAGGUUUGCCAAAUAUUUUAAGACAGAGAAUGGGACUGAAUUUCGAACGCUCCAUAAAGCAUAUGCCAUCCGCUUCGAUAUUAUGGUUACUGGCAUUGCAGGGAAAUUUAACACGAUUCCUACUUUGAUCAACCUGGUGGCAGCCUUCACUUCUGUUGGACUGGGCACAGUUCUCUGUGACAUUAUCCUACUGAACUUCCUGCAAGGGGCAGAGCAGUACAAAGCCAAGAAAUUUGAAGAGGUUUCAGGAGCUCAGAUAGAAGCAUCCCUCUCUCAAAGCCAAUGCAGCCAGCUGUCCAUCAAACCAGACAUGAAGAGCUCAUAUGACUCUGGAGCUGUCUCACUUACUGACCAGGCUUUCUGAUAGGGACAGUGAGGCAAUGAGCAAACAGGUGUUGUAGAUUAAAAAGUUUUUUAUUUCUGCAAAAGAUGCAAAACCACCAUAAACCAACAAGUCAACAAAAUAUAACUUUACUCAGUAUAGUGUAACAACAAUUAAACAAGAUGUUAACUGAACAAACUGACCUAACACAUUGACGCACAAGAGAACAUACUGUACAUAGUGGCUUGGCCAAACCAAAUAACACACAAGGGGUAACCAACACAUGGUUUGGCUCAGUGAACUGGCUUCAGUAUUUAGUCCCCAGCCUUCAGUCAUGCCUUUUGCCAGGAAGGGACGUCCCCCAAGGAGAAAAUGAUUUAUAUAAGAGAAAAUUGCCUGUGUAACCCCACAAUGUUAAAAUGUGUGCAUUUCAUAUAAAACAAUGUAAGGUUAAAAGGAAAUAAACAGGUU